CUCACGCUCCUACCCUGUUCAGGCUGACACUCUCCUGCUCCCCUGCGUCCUUUCCCCCUCCCGGACUCCUGGCUCCUUGAGGCUGAAUUGAGGGGGGAGUGUCUGGGGAUAGAGGGUCAGGAUUUUUUUUCUAGGGGGGACGGUGGUGUUGUGAAUUCUAUCCCCCCCACCUAAUCCCUGGGUUCUCCCCCACUCCUCAUUGGUGGUGUCAUCAUUUUUUUUUGAGGAAGAGGGUGCUAUAAAUUAGUUUUUUUGGGGGGCGGUGAGUGGUGAAAGGAGCUUAUUGCUUUCUCCCCUCUCCCUCCCUCCCUUCCCUCCCCCUACCCCUCCUCCCUUCACCCUGUGCUGCUGCUGCUGCUGCAGCUGCAAGCCCCGCAGUAUGAGGUGGUGCUGGCUGCUGAGGCCAGUGGGCUGGUGGCCGCUCCUGCUGCCCGGGGGGCACUGAGAGCCAGCCGGGGUGGGGGGGGAUCGGAAGAUUUUUUAUUUUCCCUCCUUCCAUCCGAAAGGACGCGACUGAUAUAUGAAGACCCUGUGUGGACAGUAAUGACCGCACGCUUCCGAUUGCCAGCUGGCAGAACUUACAAUGUACGAGCAUCCGAGCUGGCACGAGACAGACAACACACAGAGGUGGUCUGCAAUAUCCUUCUCUUGGAUAACACUGUACAAGCUUUCAAAGUCAAUAAACACGAUCAGGGGCAAGUUUUGUUGGAUACAGUCUUCAAACAUCUUGAUUUAACUGAGAGAGAUUAUUUUGGUUUGCAAUUGGCUGACAAUUCUACGGACAACCCAAGGUGGCUGGAUCCAAACAAACCAAUAAGGAAGCAGUUAAAAAACAUACUUCUGUUAAUUCUAGGAGGAUCUCCUUACAGUUUGAACUUGAGAGUCAAAUUUUUUGUAAGUGAUCCCAACAAGCUACAAGAAGAAUAUACAAGAUACCAGUAUUUUUUGCAAAUUAAACAAGACAUUCUUACUGGAAGAUUGCCCUGUCCUUAUAAUACUGCUGCCCUUUUGGCUUCCUUUGCUAUUCAGUCUGAAUUGGGAGACUACGACCAUUCAGAAAACUUGCCAGGCUACCUCUCUGAUUAUUCUUUCAUCCCUGGUCAGCCUCCAGACUUUGAAAAAGAAAUCACAAAAUUGCAUCAGCAACAUAUAGGCUUAUCUCCUGCAGAAGCAGAAUUCAAUUAUCUCAACACAGCUCGAACCUUAGAACUAUAUGGAGUUGAAUUGCACUAUGCAAGGGAUCAAAGUAAUAAUGAAAUUAUGAUUGGUGUAAUGUCAGGAGGAAUACUAAUUUACAAGAACAGGGUACGAAUGAACACCUUUCCAUGGUUGAAGAUUGUAAAAAUUUCAUUUAAAUGCAAGCAGUUUUUUAUUCAACUUAGGAAAGAAUUGCAUGAAUCUAGAGAAACAUUACUGGGAUUCAAUAUGGUGAAUUAUAGAGCAUGUAAGAAUUUGUGGAAAGCAUGUGUAGAACAUCACACAUUUUUCCGUUUGGAUAGACCACUACCACCUCAGAAGAAUUUUUUUGCACAUUAUUUUACUUUAGGUUCAAAGUUCCGAUACUGUGGGAGAACAGAAGUCCAGUCUGUGCAAUAUGGCAAAGAAAAGGCAAACAAAGACAGAGUAUUUGCAAGAUCCCCAAGUAAACCUUUGGCACGGAAAUUAAUGGAUUGGGAAGUAGUGAGUAGGAAUUCAUUAUCUGAUGAAAGAUUAGAAACACAAAGUUUACCAUCACGCUCUCCACCUGGAACACCAAAUCAUCGCAACUCUGCAUUUACACAAGAGGGAACCCGACUACGACCAUCUUCAGUUGGACACCUGGUAGACCACAUAGUCCACACCUCUCCAAGUGAAGUUUUUGUGAAUCACAGAUCUCCAUCAUCAACACAGGCUAAUAGCAUCAUUCUGGAAUCAUCACCAUCUCAAGAGACUUCUGAUGAUGGGCAGCCUCCUGCACUACCACCUAAACAAUCUAAGAAGAACAGUUGGAACCAGAUUCAUUUCUCACAUUCCCAGCAAGACCUGGACAACCAUAUUAAUGAAACAUUUGAUGUUCCUGCUUCACCUGAAAAAUCUACACCCAAUGGUGGUAUUCCUCAGGAUAAUCUUGUUCUGAUCAAAAUGAAACCUGAUGAGAAUGGAAGGUUUGGAUUCAAUGUAAAGGGUGGAUAUGAUCAGAAGAUGCCUGUGAUAGUUUCUCGUGUAGCUCCAGGAACACCAGCUGACCUCUGUGUCCCUCGAUUGAAUGAAGGGGAUCAAGUUGUACUAAUUAAUGGCAGGGACAUCGCAGAACACACCCAUGAUCAAGUUGUCAUGUUUAUUAAAGCUAGCUGUGAGAGACACUCAGGGGAACUUGUGCUCCUAGUUCGACCCAAUGCUGUAUAUGAUGUAGUAGAAGAAAAAUUUGAGAAUGAACCAGACUUCCAGUAUAUCCCUGAGAAAUCACCACUAGAUGGUGUCCAUCAAAAUGAUAAUGCCUUGAGGGAAUCGAUGAUCCAGCUUGCUGAGGGUCUUGACAGUGGAACAGUCCUUACACAGUUUGAUCAACUCUAUAGGAAAAAGCCUGGAAUGACAAUGUCUUGUGCCAAAUUACCUCAAAAUAUUUCCAAAAAUAGAUACAGAGACAUUUCGCCUUAUGAUGCUACACGGGUCAUUUUAAAGGAUAAUGAUGACUACAUCAAUGCAAAUUACAUAAAUAUGGAAAUCCCUUCUUCCAGCAUCAUAAAUCAGUACAUUGCUUGUCAGGGGCCAUUACCAAACACUUGUACAGAUUUUUGGCGGAUGACUUGGGAGCAAGGUUCCUCCAUGGUUGUAAUGUUGACAACACAAGUGGAACGAGGAAGAGUGAAGUGUCAUCAGUAUUGGCCAGAACUCACAGAAAGUUCAUUGUAUGGGAAUUUCCAGGUCACCUGCCAUUCCGAAGAAGGAAAUUCUGCCUAUGUCUUCAGAAACAUGACACUAUGUAACUUAGAGAAAAAUGAGAGUCGUCAACUCACCCAGAUUCAGUACAUAGCCUGGCCUGACCAUGGAGUUCCUGAUGAUUCAAGUGACUUUCUUGAUUUUGUCUGUCAUGUGCGAAAUAAGAGAGCUGGCAAAGAAGAGCCUAUCAUUGUUCAUUGCAGUGCUGGGAUUGGACGAACAGGGGUUCUUAUUACUAUGGAAACAGCUAUGUGUCUCAUUGAGUGCAAUCAACCAGUUUAUCCACUAGAUAUUGUAAGGACAAUGAGAGAUCAAAGAGCCAUGAUGAUUCAAACACCUAGUCAAUACAGAUUUGUUUGUGAAGCUAUUUUGAAAGUUUAUGAAGAAGGACUUAUUAAACCUUUUAAGACAUAGUUGCAUAAAUAAGAGAGCAAAAGGGCUGGGAUCUUUGUUGAGACAUUUUUGUCCGUUAUAACAGAACUGGCUGUAUUCACUGUGCCACCAUAAUACUACUUACAGACAAUGGCAUCAGAGAACAAUGAAGAAUUGACAAAAGACAGAAAAUUCAGCACUGUUGCACUUUACAUUGAAACAAAAGUCAGUCUCUCAAACUCUAUAACUCUUAUGUUUGAAGACUUUAUUUCAUUCUUUGCUCCGAACAAAAAAAAAGAUAAAUGAGCUUAAAUGGGUUCAGAAUAAUUUAUGAAAUGUCAUGGUAAUGCUCAUCCAGUCCUCUUCUGGUUGGAUUGAUAAAAACAAGGCUCGGAAUUCUUACCAUCUAUGUUACACACCUGCAUCUUGGAAACAAAAAAUAAGUAAACAUCAGAUAUUAGCCACAGUCUUCUCCGGUGUUUCAUAUAUUUACAGUGUACUGGGUCUUUUUUUUUUUUUAAGUCAUUAGCAAUAUUCUGAAUAUUAGCCAAUACACUGCCUAUUAAUGUGGCAUUUUACCCAACACUCCCUCGAAAUAGAUCUGCUGAUUAUUAGAAGAAAAAUGGAAUUUUCUUUUGUUAGAAAGAUGCUUAUUUGCCAGCAUCUUAUAAAAAGUAUAAAUAUGAACCUGCAGAAUGCUUGCAAUGGAUAACAUGGCAGUCUUAGUCCAUAAAAUUGGUUUGUUUCAAGUCAUGUAACUUCCCAUACAUAAUGUAAAUGAAUGCAUGCAUUAUGUCUUAACCCCUUAAGUGCCUUGAGACUUCCCAAAUGGCUAAUGAAAAGGCACUCAUACAACCCUGUGGGGAAGGUGUGUAUAGUGUACAUUCUCACCUUUUUAUGCAUUUUGAAUGGGUUCACAUUUACUAAUGGUAUCUAGGAUUGGAAGUAUAUAGUGAUACAAGGGGUCGGGAAAAUGCCAUUCCUUUUUGUUCAGUGGUUGCUUGUUCCUGUGAAAAACAAAGCUAUUUUGCUUACUGAGUAAAUAAGCAGUCUGCUGCUGUGAAAUUAUUUUAAAAUGUGGCACAUUCCUUUUGGGGGAGAGGGUUUUCAUUUCAGUGAGAGCUACUAGGUUCUUCAUAUUGGAUGUUCAAUUUUAUCUUUGCUCUUUCUUUUGGUGGCAAUAUGAAGAAUACACUGAUACCACAGACAUAAAUCUGUAACAAUGACUUAACGAUUUUUUUUCUUCCCAUCCCCUGCAAAAAUUUACUUUUCUAAACUCAUUUUGACUGAUGUCACCUUAUGUCCACAUUGCUCUGUUUGGUUUGGUGUCUUUUAAAUAAGCAAUGAAGCACUGUUGGUUUGUUUCUAGAUUUUUUUUCUUAAUUACUAUGACUGUGGUUUUUCUUGUCACUGUGGUGUACAAUUAAAUUGCCCCUAUAUGCAUGUGCUACUUAUUUAAAUUAUAUAUAUAUCAGGAGGAAGAGUUUUAUCUCUGUAGCUGAUAUAAUAACAAAGUUCAUUUUGGUUGUGUAUAUGUUUAUUUCCUUUUUUGUAACCUGUGGGAAGAAAGAAUUUUUUAAAUCGUCCAGUUUGAUAUACAUAGGGAUUUACGCAUAUAUUUUGAAUGUGAGAUGAAAAGAUAAUUUUAUAUAUAUGUAUAUAUAUGUAUAUGUAUAUACAUAUAUUAUGGCUGAGAAAAGAUACUAUUUACAAAUGGUUUUCUGAAGAUUUGUGUAUUGUCUUAAUUAUGUAGAGCAUAGGUUCAGAUGGGCAUUUUAGAAUGCCAUUUUUGGAUGUUAAAAAUGUUGCACACUGUGAGAGACUUCAGUAUAAUCUAAAUGAAUAAUUAUAAGUUAAUGGAAGUCUCAAAUAAUCAGGACCUGUGAGGUUUUACAGGAUUUUAUACUAAACAAUAAAAUUACAUGUAAACUGAUAACUGAAGAUAAAUUCUGUUACUUGUUCCCAAAUAACAUAUUCUUCCCAAAAUGAACAAUGAAGAAAUAUAGUUGGUCCUAUUCAAAAAUCCUGUCCUCUACCAAUCACAGAUAAAUGCAGUGUAGAUGCCUAUAUAAUACCAAUAGAACUUGAUGAAAAGUAAAGAAUUCAGUCAAACAGUAAGAUAAUCUUGUCUACACAAUACCAAAUAACUAGUUUAACUAAUGUGUUUUUUUCCGUUAAACUGAAAAUUCAGCCAUUUGGUUUGUCACUGUAUUAAAAAAAAAAAGUGUGAAAACCAGACCACAGAGGAGGAAAUUGUAUGAAUAUGAACAUGUGCAAACAUUAUGAUUAGUAUCUCUCAUCAGUGAGAGUUCUUUUUGAGCUAUUGUUGUGAACUGUAAUCAUUGGUUUUAUUUGAGUUCUUAUACCUUCAUUAGUGCCUAUAAGUAAAUGGUAACGUGUUUGAAUUGUCAUAAAUAUAUUUAAAUGUCUCACUCUUGCAUUUCUUAUCAGGGAAUACCCUCAAGUUUAUUUUUACAUCUGUGGUGGAAGCCUAUUAUCCUCCCAGAGCUAAUAAGUUUAUUGUCCUUUAACAGAAGAAUAACAAAGAGGAUCCUGAAGCCAUUUUCAUGAAUAUACGUAUUCUUUCCUCUUUGCUGAACAUUUCUAUAAUUUUAUCUAACUGAAACUUGUGGAAUUUUUCAAAAAUUUACUUUCAGGUCAAAAAUUAUUUCUAUUUAGUAAUGGUCCCUAAUUUCAGGAUUAUUGUUCUGAUAACCAUCUUUCCUAAGUAAUAUUUUGUUAGGAAAUGCCAACUCUUCUCUCCUUUCCUAAACCACCACCAUUCCCAAGAAGAAAAUAUUGCAUUGCCAUCCUUAAUUUGAUGAAUGGAAAUCAGGAUAUUAAAAGCAUUUAUAAUAAGAGAGAAAAACCUGUGGUCUCUCUUUUGUAGGUUUUCUUUCCCCAUAACACAUUAGAGAUUAUUUGGGUAUAAAAUAUAUGUUCACAGUAAGACGAAAAGCAGUAUCUCUUAGAAUAUGUGUGUGAAUGUACACACUCAUGUGCGCGCACACACACACACACACAAAUACACAUUCAAGGUGGAUCAUGGUCAACAGAUUUAAAUUGCUUUCCAGUGACCUACCAACAUAGCCAGUUAAAAAGAAUGUUGAUCCUCUUGAUUAGGGAAAUUCAAAGAAAAUAAUUGAUUUUUUAACUGACUUUAAUUUUAUCAAUGUUUUUAUUAAGCCAUUUCCUUAAAAAAGUUGUUUACUUGGAUUUGUCAAGCUUUGAUAGAGAAAAGCUAUUUUGCAUGUAUGCUGUGUAUAUGUGUAUUUAUAUAUAGAUAUAGAUAUAUAGAUAUAUAUUUCACAGUAGCUAGCAUCAGUGAUGGGGAGAAUGAGCAAUUAAUUUUAAGGUCAUAUUUUUAUAAUACAUGAGCAAAUCCAGUGUGUUUGAAUUAAAGCCCUAUGCUUAGACCUGGAAGUCAUCUAAUACAGCCCCAUCAUUUUACAAACAGGCAACCUGAUGCCCUGAAAGGCAAAAUAAUCCACAAGGGAAGAUUGGGAGAGAAUUGAGCACAAUUAUUAGGAAAACCAAGGUCCUGAACCCUUGUCUUCAAAUUUCUAGUCUAGUAUGCUAUACCACACUGCCUUCUGAUGACUAGAGAGACAUCUUGAUCCAAUGGAAAAAGUACUGACUUUGAAGUCCAAGAACCUAACUUCGGAUCUUGUCUCUGAUGCUUCCUGCUUUAUGACUGUGGGUAUAUCACUUUAACUCCCUGGGCCUCAGUUUUUUUCCUCAUUAAAACAGGAGGCUUGCACUACAUGCCUUCUUUGCUCCCUAUUCCAUCUUUUUAUGCUUAGGCAUUUAAUCUCUUAACACUACAAUCCUAUGACUAAUCAUUUGUUCCUGCUUAAUAUAUAUUACAUAUUAUAUAAUAUGCUUAAAUUCCACAAGUGUUCAUGAUUUACAUUUUUUCAUUUUUCCCUGGGAGAGAUUUUCAUUUCUAUCCUCAGUUGCUGUUUUCACUGGAUGACAAUUAUAAUGAAGUCAUGGGAUUUCACUUAAGGAAACAAAAAAUUAUGCUUCAAAAGGCAGGUGUGAGUAGUGUCCUGAUCCAUGAAUUUGCUUAUCUUACCUCCCUCCUGGGAUUAUUUUAGUCUUUGUAAAGUCUUUAGUCCAAUAUACUUUGUGAAAACUGGUUGGCAUUAUAGGAAAAGUUUGGGCUGUAGUUUUGUUAUUACAGAGGGCUAAUUUAAUAAAGCACUUAAAGUCUACCAUAAAGAUUUAGAACAUGUCCGUUACAAUAAAAGAAUUUAUGUUCAUAUCAUGAAAAUGUACUGGAAUUUAAAAGGAAGCAAGAGUGUAUUAUAAGAGUGUACUACAUAGCAUCUGUACUUUACAUAUCUAUUCUUAUGUACCUUUGCCAAAGCAGUUUUGUGUUCACAAAAACCAUUUAUACCACAAUGAGUGGGGUAUGUUUACAGGCAGUUUUAUUGUUGUGGGUGAUUUUUUUUUAUAUAGUUUAUGUUAACCUGGUUUUAGCCUAUAAUAAUAAAAGCACUAUUAGCCAAGUACAACACAACAGUUAUUUGCUGGAACAGAAAUCUGGUCAAAUGACCAGUGUUUAAAAGUAUACUCUUCUUAAUUUGAUGCCAAAGUAUAGUAGAUGUCCAUUCCCAUCUGCUAUCUCACUAGUCUACAUUAAAUUACCCCAUUCAUCAAAAUGACAGACUUUGAUUUUUAAUUUCAAUGGAUCUGCUUCGGCUCCAUAGCCAGAAUUUUGUAGGGGUUUUGUACUAUAGCUUUUUUUAUGUUGUUUCCACCAAAUUAAAUAGAAACUGAUUACCACUAAAUUCCAAUGCAUCAAUAUGAUAGCAUAGAUUGUUGGACAGUUUGUUAACCUGUUGUGGUUUUAUAACUAUGCAUUACUUGCUUUCUAAAAUACACUUAGGACUGUAUUGAUAACAGCUCAAAUACCAUAGCUUCAUGGUCUAAUGAAUAAAAGGGCAGCAGCAGCCUUGGAAUCAGUAAGACUUGAGUUGAAGUCUACUUGUGAUACGUACUGUGUGUAUGUGUGUGUGUGUGUGUGUGUGUGUGUGUGUGUGUGUGUGUGACCACUGACCAGUCACUUAACCUCUCAGUGCUCUAGAAAAAUAUCUAAAAUUAUGUAUUAGAAUUCUUGUUUUAUUUCAAUCUUUAAAUUUCCAGACCAAAGCAGAUUGUUUUGCUAGUUGCUUUUCAUCAUCUGCAAUACGAUCUCCCAAAUUUUCCUUUAUUAUAGAAGCAUUGAAGAUUUUUUUUAACAACACUACAGAUAUUCUUAAUAAUUCACUCUCAU